CAGAAAAAAUUCUUGAUUUAUUUUCAAAGAUAAAUAUCUUCUACAAUUAUUCAAUAACAGGAGCUCAGUCUAUUAGACUCAACUCUUAUAUUUAAAUAAUAUACAUAUCAUGAUCAAAGUUUGAAUUUAUCUAUUAGUUUGUUGUCCGAUAAAUUUCAUAUAAAAUAAUCUGAUGUUAGAACUAUUUAACUCAUAUAUUUGCUAAAAGGUGAUUUUCUUUUAUUUGCUGAAGAAAAAUGAAAAGAUUUUAAAUAUUAUAUAGAAUUUAAUAUAUAUCAAAGAAAAGAGUAAAUUAAUUAUGUUGAAGUGUUCGAAGUAUACUAAUCGAAGGGACGACAAUAGAGUGUGUGAGGCCGGUGUACUUCUUGCUUUAGAAAAAUUUUGUUUUUGAGUCGUUCAGUUGAAAUCAAUUUUACAAGCUGAAUAUAAUGAGAGUUAUUUAUGAUGAUCAACAGUCCCCUUCUUUUGUUAUUAUUCGUAUAAUACUGUAUUUUUAUAUCUAAGUGACGAUGAAAAAUAAAUUAAGAAAUUAACAUGGUCAGUAACGCCUCACCCACAUAGGUAGUCUUUUCAAUAGCAGUGUGCGAACGCGUGUAUUCGACUAUACAUAUGUGUAUGCAUAGAUAUUGAAAAAAGAAACACUCUCUUGUACAUUGUCGACUAUCAUAAAUGCAAUCAUUUUUUCGAUUCUCUACUUUGUAUAGGUAUGUGCACAACUAAAAUAUAUAUGACACGUUGAAACACAGCGUGUAGCAAAGAAAAAGCUCGAAUCAGAUAAGAUUGACUGUAUAAAAUUAUUGUCUUCAUUUAUGAGUGUUGUAAGUAAAAAAUAAGAAAGCAAGAAUAAAACUGAUUCGUACAAUGUAUAUACGCAUUAAUCUUUUCCUUCUUCGCAUUCUAACUGGUCUACAGUAGAAGUAAAUGUUUUUUCGAAAUAAAUGGUAUAUCCACUGAUCACGCUUGAAUAAUUAGAAAAAAACCUAGUCUUUUUUCUUUUGCUUUACGAAGUCGUGUAUAUAAACACAGCAUAUUUAUACAAAAACAAUACUACAUCACAGUAUCAACGAUUGCUCUAGGUAUCACUAGUAACCAUGCGCACAAACAUUCUCAUUAUCAUUGCCCUUGUUCUCAUCUCUAUCAGCAUGGUCUUCGCACGACCAGGAUCAGCACCACAACGUCGAGAAAUACCAAUGUUUGAUCUUCGAGAAAUACCGAUGUUCGAUCUUCGAGAUCAGCCAAUGUUCAGUCUUCGAGAAGUUGCUAAUAUGCUCCUAAAGACUCGCCAAACAGAGGAUCUAUCCGAUUUAUAUGAACUCGGAUAUCGAAAUAAAUAA